AUGUUCAAGCAAGUCCCACGAAAGUAUGCUACCCAAUAUCAGAUGGACUCAAAAAAGUUCUCGUUGAAUAUUCCGGCUGCUCCACAUAAGUACAAUGACUACCUACAUCCGAAGUAUUCAUUGCCACCUGUGAAAAUUGACAUAGAAGACGUUCAGUGGGAAUUCCAACAACUUCUUCGAACUCCGGGUCGAGCAGUACGCACUAGCGUUGGGACAACGACCACCACAAAAGUGUCAGUUCAACGAGAACAAACGGCAUGCUCAUGUCCCAGCCUUUAG